AAAAGCAGGCAGUCUGCUGCGGCUAUUAAAACGCGAAGGUUCUUGUCGGUCGGUUGUUCGUGCGUUUUGGUGGUUGAAUCGAAGUUCAAGUCGUUUGCGUAAAGGUACAACCAACGAAAUAUUCCGUUUUUGGCCAACAGCGAUUGUUCUAACGUUUAUUUGAUUAGCUUGAAAAUCGUUCAGCAGCAGAAAGAAAAACCAAUCUAAAAACUAAUUUGAGUGCAAUACAAGUGGAACAACAAAUAAUUUAAAUACGUUUCAUUUUUUCCAAAAAGGCCAAAGCACCGAAGAAGAACAUCGACAGCCGCUACAAGUAUUAGGAGGAGGCCAAUCCCGAACCCCAAAGAGAAGACAAGCAAAAAGACAACAUAAGCCACGGGGGAAAGCAGCCGACGAACGGGCCAAAUGCAAAUUCAUAAGCAGAGGACCUGAACCUGAAGAUACAACCUCCAGAUAGAACACAUUUCCGCACUGAUACAGUGGGUCGGGAGAGAGACUGUGUUUGUUUAUUGCAUCGAGUCAGCGACUGGAACCUAGAGUUUGCCCCGCGCGAAGAUCCAUCCGCACGAUGCCCGGCCACUUACACGCCAUACAUCUUUGAGACCCCAGUGGCGUACCCAUGCCCCACACUCUGGCCUGCAUACGUUGCACAUACAAUAUUCCAUCAGGCAGCAAUAUUUGGAGAGUGCCGUCGGUUGGUUGGGCAAUCGCCAGAUAAAUUCUAAUAAAUAGCCAGACAACAGAAUACUUGGCAUAAAAAUAAAUAAGAAUCGAAGAACGCGGAACGCGGAAAGCAGAACGCAGAACGAGCUACGGGAUUCGAACGCAUUGCAACAGAUUCAUCUGAGGUGUCGAGUGCAUUGCCCAGGCCAGGCCAGGCAAUACCCCUCUGGCAGCAGUUGGAGAUCUUCGUGGCAGCAUAGACGUAGGUCGCGGCCAAAGUGUUGCAAGGCAGGGGCAGAGCCAGAGGCAACGGCAACCGCAGCGAGGUGUACACAUUUGGCACCAUGGAGGGCGGUUACGUCAAUGAAGAGGAUUCCGAUGCCAUAAUGGGUGUGGAAAGUCCAGGCGGUCAACUCAAGACUAAGAAUGGACAGAAGUACGUUUUCAAUGGACCGCCAACGGGCGUGUAUGUCUCCAGGGCCUGCCUGAUCAUCUCGGCCUUCAUUAUGGUGGUGGCGUUGCUCUUCUCCAUAGCCAUCACCUACUUCUUGGCCCGGCAGGGCCUCUCCCCCCCAACGGAAGCCAGUCCCGGUUGCAUCACCGCUCACCAUCCCGAGGUGAAUGCCACGCCCAUUGAGACAGCUGGAUGGCUAAGCCUCAAUGCCCCGCCCAAAUCCUCACCAUCACCGGACACGCCAACGGCCCCACCACCGCCUCCCGUUGUGGAAACGGAGACGAAGACGGCGCUGGCCCCGCCCGUGGGUGACAUACCCGUGCCAAAGCCGCCUACGGAGGUCCUCGAUAACAGCACUAAGCCCACAGAUCGUCCUCUCAAGCUCUACGAGGGCUGGCGUCCACUGCACUACAGCCUUCUGAUUGAGCCAAACAUUGUGACAUCGUCCAACAACGGCAGCCUGACCAUCGAGAUCGAACGGGACGUGGCCAAGGUGAGUAGCUGGGAGCCCAUUGUGCUGGACGUGCACAACGUGAGCAUCGCCAAUGUGCGUGUGAUCCGGGCGCCACUUGCCGGCCAGACCACCAACGGCAGCGAUGAGUUGGAACUGGACUUUGACAGCGACUAUGGCGAGGAUAAUUCCACAUUUGUCGUCCGACUGGACAAGUCCCUGGCCGCUGAGCUAAAGUUUCGCCUGCUACUGAGUCUGGACUUUGUCAGCCAGGUGACGGAGACCCUGCAGGGAGUCUACAAGACCAGCUACAUCAAUCCGGACACCAAGAAGCCAGAAUGGAUGAUCAGCACACAGUUCUCGCCGAUCGAUGCGCGACGCGCCUUUCCCUGCUUCGACCGGCCCGACAUGAAAGCCAACUUCUCCAUCAGCAUCGUACGCAACAACCAGUACAAAAUGGCCCUCUCCAACAUGCCCAAGUCCCACAGCAGUGCCUAUCGGCCGGGCUUCAUAAGAGAUGACUUCCUGACCACACCCAAGAUGCCCACGUAUCUGGUGGCCUUCAUUGUCUCCAAUAUGGUGGACUCCCGCUACGCGGCUCUCGACAGCAGUGUGAUGCCGCGCGUGGAGAUCUGGACGCGGCCCACGUUCGUGGACAUGACCCACUACGCCUACAAGAUGGUGCGCAAGUUCCUGCCCUACUACGAGGAGUACUUCGGGAUCAAGAACAAGCUGCCGAAGAUCGACCUGGUCUCGGUGCCGGACUUUGGCUUUGCCGCGAUGGAGAAUUGGGGCCUGAUCACGUUCCGCGACUCGGCGCUGCUGGUGCCAGAGGACCUGGAGCUGGCCUCCUCGUCGGAGCACAUGCAGUACGUGGCGCAGAUCAUUGCCCAUGAGCUGGCCCACCAGUGGUUUGGCAAUCUGGUGACGCCCAAGUGGUGGGAUGAUCUCUGGCUGAAGGAGGGUUUCGCCUGCUACAUGAGCUACAAGGCCCUGAACCAUGCCCAUCCCGAGUUCCAGAUCAUGGACACCUUCACCAUGAUGGAGUUCAAGGAGUCGAUGCAGCACGACGCGGACAACACCUCGCAUGCCAUCUCCUUUGACGUCAAGUCCACCAACGAUGUGCGCCGCAUCUUCGAUCCGAUCAGCUACUCCAAGGGCACCAUUCUGCUGCGCAUGCUGAACUCCAUUGUGGGGGAUGAGGCCUUCCGCACGGCCACCCAGGAUCUGCUGCAGACCUUCGCCUACGAGAACAUGGACCGCAACGAUCUGUGGGCGAUCCUCACCCGCCACGGGCACGAGAAGGGCACUCUGCCGAAGGAACUGAACGUCAAGCAGAUAAUGGACUCGUGGAUAACGCAGCCGGGCUACCCGGUGGUCAAUGUGGAGCGUCGUGGCGCCGACUUGGUCCUCCGCCAGGAGCGAUAUCUGCUGCCCGCCCGCAAUCCAGCGGAUCACAGUCGCUGGUUCAUCCCCAUCACCUUCGAGACGAACGAGCUGCACAAGGGCGACAACAUUCCCACGCACUGGAUGACCAACCAGGAGGACGAGCAGGAGCUCAUCGUCAGCCAUGUGUUCAACAGUGCCAGCAACAACGACAGUGUCGUCUACUUGAAUCUGAAUCGUCAGGGCUACUACCGCGUCAACUACGACAUGAUCUCUUGGCUGGCCCUCAAGAAGAACUUCAGCACCCUGCCACGGAUAACGAGGGCGCAGCUGCUCGACGAUGCCCUCCAUCUGUCGCAGGCAGAGUAUCUGCCCUACGACAUACCUCUGACCUUCCUCAUGGAGCUGUACACCUCCGUAGAUGAUGAGCUGCUGUGGAGUGCUGCCAAGCCGGGACUCAACUAUUUGAUCUACAACCUGAAGCGGGAACCAGCCUAUGAGACCUUCAGGGCCUUUAUGAAGUUCGUUGUACGUCCCGCCUUCGAUCAGUAUGGCCUGAAUGAGCCCGACAACGAGUCCCAUCUGCAGCUCAAGCAUCGCGCUCUGGUGGCCAAUUUCGCCUGCAAAUUCAACUACGAUCGAUGCACCCAGGUGGCCCAGUCCAAGUUCCGCGAAUGGAUGCGGAAUACCAAAAAGAAUCCCAUUAAACCCAAUCUGAAAUCGGUGAUCUACUGCACGGCUCUGGCGGAGGGCUCCUAUCCAGAAUGGUAUUUCGCCUACAAGCAAUACAAGACAACGACAAGCGCCUCCGAAAAGGAGGAGAUACUCACCUCCUUGGGCUGCACCACAAAGCCCUGGCUGCUGUCCAAAUACCUCAACAUGACCAUCAAUCCCACAUCGGGCAUAAUGAAGCAGGAUGGCGCACUGGCCUUCCGCGCCGUGGCCUCCAAUGCCAUUGGCUAUGAGAUUGCCUUCGAUUUCCUGCAGAGCAACAUCAAGGAGAUUGCCGAAUACUAUGGCGAUGGUUUCUCCACGCUUUCCGAGAUGAUCAAGUCCCUGACCAUCUACAUGAACAAGGAGUACCACAAGCAGCAGCUGCAGGACUUGGCCGCCAAUUGCCGCAAGCUGGGCCUGCGGGCCGUCGAGACGGCCAUCAAUCUGGCCAUGGAGCAGGUCAAUGAUAAUAUCUACUGGCGCAGCCACUCCUACCACAGCCUCAAGAACUUCCUCGAGGGCAUUGUCAGCGAGUUCCAGAUCAACAUCUUUUAAGUAGGCCUGAAGCUAAAGCAAAAGCAAAACAACAACAAAAAUAACAGAAAACUCAAAUUGAAUUCAACCAAAAACGCGAUUUAAUUAUUAUGAUAACUAUUACCAUUAUUUGUAUUCAUUCGAAAGCCUCAAAUUAAUUUAAAGAAAACGAAUUAUUUGCGAAAAGUGAUAUAAACGUGUAAGUUAGCCAACAUAAUUUAGGUAAACGAUAUACUUUUUGCAAUUGUAUAUUUAUUUAUUAUAAGUCGGGCCUCUUCUGCUGGUAUUGCUCUGUAACGUUCCUAUUAAUGCAGAAAUAGUAUGAAAACACGCCACACACACACAUCCAUCUUAUUGGGUGUAACAAUAGAUCGAAUGCUGCUUAUGUAAAAUCUAAUCUUUAUUCUAUAAUACGAUACGUAUGAUCUAUGAUUUUCAAGUAAUCUACUUUAGUGCACACCACCCACACACCUGUGUAGAUCCUAAGCAAAUCAAAUUAGCACUAAGUAAACCAAAAAUCAAUUUUGAAGUCACAUCAAUCAAGCAAGCAAGAGCACGGCUACAGUUUAUUAAGAAAUUGCGGGGAAGAAGCGUCCAUCCAUAAGGAUAUGGGAGGCAAAAUGAGUGUCCUUAAUGCAUGGUUAAAAAUGUUGUUAAAGCAAUAAGCGUGCACCACACAAAAAUACAUACAUUUACUAUAUAAACCAUACGAGAUAUACAUAUUUAUUAAUGUAAAAGUACCUACAUAUUAUGUAUUUUGUAAUGCCCAACACUAAAAUACUUAUAUCGCUUGCUGCACAACCAUGUAAAUAAGUUUUAAAGCUUAUACUAAACAUUGCAAAUAAACUAUGUAUUUACGUAAU